AUGCAGUAUUGGAGUCCAGUGACAGCUAGCGUGGUGCGGAAUUGUACCUAUCAACAGAGGCGGGGCUUCUCGCUUAUGUGCCAGCGGCUGGAAGGCUCGCGAUCUGUCACGGAAUGUCGCCUGCUGCUGUGGGACCGACAGCUACAGCCAAUCUCGCAUGCAUCGACCAGACGAUUCGGUAAGGCAUCCGAAAACGUGCUCGAGUGGUACCGCACAGCUCUCCAUUCGAGGCACCCGAAAGCGGUCAGAUGCGAAGAGAGGAUCCUCUUGCAACCAGAUUCCUGUGCCACAGACUCAUUUGAACUCAGCAGCUCGGUCCUUGAGAUGUGCCGAUUUGGUGCAGUGAGGCAGACGGUCGUCCCGUCUUUCGGACAGGCCCGUUGGCGUCACACAGGGCGAGAUCACAAGAGAUUGAUGAGUCGGCAAUAUUCCUGUCUGCUCUCACGAAUGCAGCUAGCGAGACGACUGGAGUCAGAGACGAACCCACUCAGAUGUCGGAUCUACGGUGUAGUGUUCAGUGUGACUCUGCUGCUUUGCUCGGUCGGCUCGGCAUUCACAAGUGACCGUCCAUGGCUUACAAGAAACGUGAAAUGCAAGUGA